CUAGGAAUAGUAUUAAUUGUUAAUUACCUACCUAUAUAGCAGUUCAGGAGCUACCUUGUCUUAUAUAAAACAAGCGUAAUAUCAUUUCAACACGUAUAAUCAAGAAAUUGCUCCUCAGUUUAUUAUUAGAAUUUUAAAAAUGCGUCCACUCAUCGCUCGGGGCUCCCCGGUGCUUCCACCGUCGAGAUUGCUCACUUUCAGUCAGCGGUUGGCCAGUUCUCAAUCCCACUCACAGUAUCAAGAGAAUAAUCAACAUUCAGCUUCAACUGACCGAGAAAGCGUGACAACCGCCAAGAACCAAGGAAAGCAGAAGACUAUGGCAGAAAUAGAUGCUGAGUUGCAGCGGAAGAUGUCGGGACUUUCCGGCGACGGUGGAGAGGCCGGAAUAGAAUACGAGGAUGGGAAGCCGGUGGCGAUGAAGCGAGGCGUGAGAGAUGUGAGUGUCUCUCUUCAUACGUGGUCAUUUAAAAGGGUCUAUCAUUAA